CCGACUGGUUCCGAGCGACAUGGCUGAAGAGGUGAGGCGGGAAGAAGCGUCCGGCGUGGGGCGGGCCGGGAUCUCUGGGGCGCCCGGAGGCCCCCAGAGGGUCGCCGAAGUCCUGCCGCGCCACCACAGCCAAUAGCCUCCCCCUCGCGCACCCCAGCCCCGCCUUGCAGGGGCGCCCGAGCGAGCCCCGGGCUCCCCUUGGGUCCAGCACGGCGCUGGGGUUAGCCCUUCUCUCGGGUCUCGGGACAGGUGAUUUCUGAUUUUGACAUGACCUUAAGCAGGUUUGCAUAUAAUGGGAAGCGAUGUCCUUCUUCUCACAAUAUUCUGGACAACAGCAAGAUCAUCAGUGAUGAUUGUAGGAAAGAGCUCAUGGAGCUCCUUCACCACUAUUACCCAAUCGAGAUUGACCCCCACCGAACCAUCAAGGAGAAGCUACCACAUAUGGUGGAGUGGUGGACCAAAGCACACAAUCUCCUGUGUCAGCAGAAGAUCCAGAAGUUUCAGAUAGCCCAAGUGGUUAGAGAAUCCAAUGCAAUGCUCAGGGAGGGAUACAAGACAUUUUUCAACACACUUUAUCAGAACAACAUUCCCCUUUUCAUCUUCUCAGCGGGCAUUGGUGAUAUCCUGGAAGAAAUUAUCCGACAGAUGAAAGUAUUCCACCCCAACAUCCACAUCGUGUCUAACUACAUGGAUUUUAAUGAAGAUGGUUUCCUACAGGGAUUUAAGGGCCAACUCAUACACACAUACAAUAAGAACAGCUCUGUGUGUGAGAACUCCAGUUACUUCCAGCAGCUUCAGGGCAAAACCAACAUCAUCCUGCUUGGAGACUCAAUGGGGGACCUCACUAUGGCCGAUGGGGUUCCAGGUAUGCAGAACAUUUUGAAGAUCGGCUUCCUAAAUGAUAAGGUGGAGGAACGGCGGGAGCGCUACAUGGAGUCCUAUGACAUUGUGCUGGAGAAAGACGAGACGCUGGAUGUGGUCAACGGGCUGCUGCAACACAUCCUGCACCAGGGGGACCAGGUGGAGAUACAGGGCUUGUGAGGAUGCAGGCUCAGGCCAGGCCUUGCAAGCCAAGACGAGGAGGGGCCACCAAUUUGGUCAGCUGUUUUUCUGUGAGCACAGAGAGAAGUUCAGGGUGGCCAAGACUGGGCCCUUCCAUGCCCCUCCCUCCUCCACUCUCCUGCUGCCUUCAUCACUGAAGGCUUAAGGGAGGCCCUGCCCGGCAGAAGGGCACAAGCACCAUUCCUGCUGAACUGUUGACCAUGGCAUGUUAGUGCUGUGAGGCUUGUCUAGUCCAGCAAUUCUGUUUUUCAAAAUGUUUCAACAUGGAAAGCUGUUCUUCAAACAAAUGUAUGAGACAAAUGAAAAUUAAAAAACUGA